AUGGCCGACCUGGAACCAAUCGGAUAUCAGUUGGUCAUUAUCACCGUUGUUUUCGGGUUCAUAGCGCUUGCUACUCUGAGCGUGCGAGUGUGGUUCCGGUUGCGGCAAGGGAAGCACGAUGCUUCCGACACUUGCUUGAUAGCUGCUAUGACGUGCGCCAUAAUCCAAAGCGCCAUUCAGCUCAUCCUUGUCAUCGAAUUCGACUACGGGACAGCAAAAGCAGAUAUCCCUGCUCACCUACGCACUUCGGAGUGGCCAUCGAAGCUGUCAUUCGUCAAUCAGGUCGUGUUCAAACUCACCACGCCACUGUCCAAGCUGUCUCUGUGUUUGCUAUACCGCGCGAUGUGCUCUACCUCCACCGAUCCUGUCAUCAGGGUCACGAGAGUUGCUAUCUGGGGGACUAUCUUACUGAUCGUCGGCGCAUAUGGCUCUGCAUUCCUGAUUAGUAACUUCCAGUGCACGCCCAUUAGCAAGACGUGGAACAAAAAAGUUGAUGGAACAUGCAUCGACUUGACAGAGUUCCGCAUGAGGAAACACCGCCCCGAAGUCAAGCAACUACUCGCACUUAUCCUCCUCGGUCUCGUCCAUACCGGUUUAACUAUUGCACGUUUCGUCAUCAUGUUUUAUCCAGACCCCCUGACCAAAACCGAACCGCAGUACGCCCACAUCGCGCCCAACUGCCUAGCAGUAGUUGAGAUGGACGUCGGUAUCUGGGUGGCAACGCUGGUUGUCAUGCGACCGGCAUUGCACGCUCUCCGCCGCAUUCGACAUCCAAAUUACAAGUCAGAAAGAUCAACCGCCUUCUCCUACAGCCAUUCAGGGACCGGUAAUGGGUACCACAUGAAGAACUACACCGCGAAAAGUAAAAAGAGGGAAGAUGAGUUCCGCAUUUUGGAGACAACGGAAAUCCAUGUCACGAGUGAGGAACUGGGGCAGGGAGUUGGUCGUGUGAAGUUUUCAGCUCCCCUGUCAAUCGAGAAUCUUAUCUUCUUCUCGGUAGAGGGGACACAGACGCUUAUACAGGACGGAAUGAUGCACACCUUCAGCACCCUCGAGGACUCAGAUGCCGGUUCCGAUCACCCAGGAAUAUCUUGCGGAUAUCAGGUCGACAGGCGGGACUCGAAGAAGACUUCUACUCCAAUUUACUACCAUGCUCUAUGAAGAGCAUUGAAAGAGGGAUUCGCAGCCGUUGACGUGGCUCCAUUUUGAUCAGAAUUGUCCCGGCUCACUCACACCGUCGUUUGGGUCGGAGGCUUCGAACCAAUAGUCAAUACCACAACCCUCAGGGCGUUCUGCUACUCUUUCCAUUCAUGUUGUCCCAC